GGCUCACUGGCUCUAUAGCGCUAUGUGAUGUCAUCCACACGCGCCAGUUAUCGGUCAUUCUUGUAUUUACUAUACAAGCUCCGCAAUGGAAGUAAAUCGUGAUGAAGCGGAGCGAUGCAUUGAAAUAGCAACCACUGCUCUUAGAAAUAAUCAUUUAGAAAAGGCGCGGAGAUUUCUGGAGAAAGCUCAAAGACUGUUCCCAUCAGAUCAUGCAAAAGCUUUGCUAGAGGAAAUUGAGACGACGGGCAAUGGCUCCAGUGAAGGAAGUUCAGCAGGAACGGGAAACGGCACAGAGACACGACGGAGAGCGAACGUCGAAAAUGACAGUGUGAAGUUCGGAAAGGCCUCAGACUCCUCGAAAUCCUACACGUCAGAACAAUUAGAUGCUGUGAAAAGAGUAAAACAAUGUAAAGAUUAUUAUGAAAUCCUCGGGGUAAAGAAAGAUGCCAAUGAAGAGGAUCUUAAGAAAGCUUACAGAAAACUUGCUUUAAAGUUCCACCCUGAUAAAAACCAUGCUCCAGGUGCAACGGAAGCAUUUAAAGCUAUUGGUAACGCGUAUGCGGUGCUGAGUAACAAUGAGAAGAGGCGACAGUAUGACCGUCUGGGCGAGGAGAGGGCAAAUCCAUCCAGACAUGGCCCGUCAGCGGGAGACUUUGAGGCCGACAUCUCGCCAGAGGACCUCUUCAACAUGUUUUUUGGAGGUGGCUUCCCAUCAAGUAAUGUCCAUGUGUACAGUAAUGGCCGAAUGCGUUACCAGCAGAGAGCAGAGAGACGAGAGCCUCGGAGAGAGGGUGGACUGGCCUUCUUUGUCCAGAUCAUGCCUGUGCUCAUCCUAGUGAUUGUAUCUGCCCUCAGCCAGCUGAUGGUGGCCAACCCCCCGUACAGUCUCAGCUACAGACCGUCAGCAGGACACACCAACAAAAGGUUCACGGAGCACCUAAGGGUGCCCUACUACGUGAACGACAAGUUCUCAAAAGAGUACAGCGGAGGCAACCUGAAGAGUGUGGAGCGGAGCGUGGAGGACGACUACAUCUCUAAUCUCAGAAACAACUGCUGGAAAGAGAAACAACAGAAGGAAGGUCUGCUGUAUCGCGCUCGGUACUUCGGUGACAGUGAGCUGUACCAAAGGGCUCAAAGGAUGGGUACCCCCAGCUGCACAAGGCUAUCUGAGGUCCAGGCAUCCUUACAUGGAUAAAGCUUUCAGUAACAAAAACAGGUAUUCUCCAAAAUCAACAUUUAAAAAAAAAGAAGAGGCUUAUUCACGGAAAAUGAAACUGAGCAAACAACUCUCCACUGUUUGACAACCUCACCACACAACCAACCAAGAUCUCCACAAAACCGAACCAGGCUGCGCUCUCCUUUAUGUCCGUGAUGAGGCAUGUGGACUCGGACAGAGCCGUUCUGUCUGGACUCCUUGUAGUUUAGCUAAGGCUCCAUGCUUUCACAUGGGCCGUACUGACCAGGGCGGGGCCCCAACCACAGGGGCCCCUUGACAGUGCACUGAUGUCUGCUGCUUUGGGAGGACAUCUUGAGAAUGUAAUGUUAAGAUUUGGGGGUAGUUCGGGCCAAUCAGAAUGUGACAUGGAGGCAACUGUAUCAUAGCAAUGACAUAACCAAUGAAUUUGGGGUAGGCAUUUUUUUUUUGCAUAUGUACUAUAUUUAUUUAUUCAUGUAUUUAUUUAAGUUAUAAAAUCCCUGAGAUUGAAUUUAAGGAGAACAUGCAGUCACUUAAUUUGUUUGUAUCUGAUUUGGACACAUUUUUAUCUAUGCAGGGUGUCUUUUUAUUCCUAAAGAACCAGGAACAUCUAAGGUGAACCGAUAGCUUCUGCACAAAAAAAUAAACAUAUGAAUGACCCAGAGGAUAUUUAUAUAUGUAUUUUCAGAGGUCUUUUAUUUAUUGGUUUUUUUUUUUUUUUCACACUGUUUGUGUUGGGACUUCAAUCAAGCACCUAGCGUUAGCCACCAAAAUUGUCACUUAUAUUCACUGAAACAGUGGUUGCUGUGGCUUAAUGAAAUGGUUGAAUGAAUCAUCACAGGUCUUGUCACAAAACGUGUGCCAUCUCAAUGCACUGUUCUUUUUUUUCUUUCUCUCUCACUCCCUCUCUCUCCACCCCUUACGACAUUAGUAUAAUAAAUAAGAUACGUGCCACACAGCUUGUGCUGGUGUCCAA